ACCGCGGGUCAGCGACGGCGGCCGGGAGGCGGAAGUGGAGGUUGUUGUGGCUCCGAGGGCUGUUCAAGGAGCUGCUGCUGCUGAGGCGGCGGCCACUGCGUUGAGGCGGUGGCGGGGCUGCCGGCCCCGGGCCGCUCGGCCUCUCGGCUCGCCUUCCAGCCUCGCCUGAGCCCGCCGGGGCCCGCGCCGGCCAGCGCCUGCCCUAUGAGUGUGUCACUGAUUGUCAUCCGAUUGGAGCUCGCGGAACACUCGCCCGUCCCCGCCGGCUUCGGCUUCAGCGCCGCGGCCGGGGAAAUGUCUGAUGAGGAGAUAAAAAAGACGACACUCGCUUCAGCUGUAGCUUGUUUAGAAGGGAAGUCACCAGGAGAGAAAGUAGCAAUUAUCCAUCAGCAUCUCGGCCGUCGAGAAAUGACAGAUGUGAUCAUUGAGACGAUGAAGUCCAACCCAGAUGAACUAAAAACUACAGUGGAAGAAAGGAAGUCUUCAGAAGCCUCCCCCACUGCACAAAGAAGUAAAGAUCACAGUAAGGAAUGCAUAAACACUGCCCCAGAUUCUCCAUCCAAACAGCUUCCAGACCAGAUUUCAUUCUUCAGUGGAAAUCCGUCAGUUGAAAUAGUUCAUGGUAUUAUGCACCUAUAUAAGACAAAUAAGAUGACCUCCUUAAAAGAAGAUGUGCGGCGCAGUGCCAUGCUGUGUAUUCUCACAGUCCCUGCUGCAAUGACCAGUCAUGACCUUAUGAAGUUUGUCGCCCCAUUUAAUGAAGUAAUUGAACAAAUGAAAAUCAUCAGAGACUCUACUCCCAACCAAUAUAUGGUGCUGAUAAAGUUUAGUGCACAGGGCGCCAGCCUCCCAGUGAUGGACCUGACUGAGCUCCCCAAGUGCACGGUGUGUCUGGAGCGCAUGGACGAGUCUGUGAAUGGCAUCCUCACAACGUUAUGUAACCACAGCUUCCACAGCCAGUGUCUACAGCGCUGGGACGACACCACGUGUCCUGUUUGCCGGUACUGUCAAACGCCCGAGCCAGUAGAAGAAAAUAAGUGUUUUGAGUGUGGUGUUCAGGAAAAUCUUUGGAUUUGUUUAAUAUGCGGCCACAUAGGAUGUGGACGGUAUGUCAGUCGACAUGCUUAUAAGCACUUUGAGGAAACACAGCACACGUAUGCCAUGCAGCUUACCAACCAUCGAGUCUGGGACUAUGCUGGAGAUAACUAUGUUCAUCGACUGGUUGCCAGUAAAACAGACGGAAAAAUAGUACAGUAUGAAUGUGAGGGGGAUACUUGCCAGGAAGAGAAAAUAGAUGCCUUACAAUUAGAGUAUUCAUAUUUACUAACAAGUCAGCUGGAAUCUCAGCGAAUCUACUGGGAAAACAAGAUAGUUCGGAUAGAGAAGGACACAGCAGAGGAAAUUAACAACAUGAAGACCAAGUUUAAAGAAACAAUUGAGAAGUGUGAUAAUCUAGAGCACAAACUAAAUGAUCUCCUAAAGGAAAAGCAGUCUGUGGAAAGAAGGUGCACUCAGCUAAACACGAAAGUGGCCAAACUCACCAACGAGCUCAAAGAGGAGCAGGAAAUGAACAAGUGUUUGCGAGCCAACCAAGUCCUCUUGCAGAACAAGUUAAAAGAGGAGGAGAGGGUGUUGAAAGAGACCUGUGACCAAAAAGAUCUGCAGAUCACCGAGAUCCAGGAGCAGCUGCGUGAUGUCAUGUUCUACCUGGAGACACAGCAGAAGAUCAACCAUCUGCCUGCCGAGACCCGGCAGGAAAUCCAGGAGGGACAGAUCAACAUCGCCAUGGCCUCAGCUUCGAGCCCUGCCUCUUCUGGCGGCAGUGGGAAGUUGUCCUCCAGGAAGGGCCGCAGCAAGAGGGGCAAGUGACCUUCAGAGCAACAGACAUCCCCGAGACUCUUCUCCCUGGCACCGUGAGGGUGUGCUGGGACCUUCAGCUAAAUGUGAGGGUGGGCCCUAAUAAGUACAAGUGAGGAUCAAGCCACAGUUGUUUGGCUCUUUCAUUUGCUGUUGUGUGAUGUAGUGAAUGUAGAGGGUGCUGACUGGAGAGCUGAUGGAAAGGGGCUGCGUUUGAAAAGGUCUUAAGAGUUCCCUAACCUCAGACAUUCUAAUGACCAUUUUGCCUUCCUGCUUGGUAGAAACCCCAACUCUGCUGUGCAUUUUUCCGUUGUAUUUAUGGAGUUGGUGUAUUUGACAUUCAGUUCUGGGGUAGGUUUAAGAUGUUAAGUUAUUUCUUGUAACCUCAAAGGUAAGGUUAUCUAGCACUAAAGCACCAAACCUCUCUGAGGUCAUGACAGCUGCUUUAAAGAGAGGUUUCCAUUGGCUACUAAGGAGUUAUGAAAAUUCCCUAGCAAUAGUGUCAUAUCAUUAUCAUCUCCCCCUUCCUCUAGGGAGUGGAGGAAUUGCUUGAAUGUUAUCUGAAAAGAGGCCUGGUAGUAAACCGGGCCCUGGCUCUUUACCAGCAGUCAUCUCUUCUUGCUCUGGGGCUAGCCAGGAAAAACAAACAACCCGGGGCACAUUAGGUAGACUCAGUGUAGGAAAAAUGGUGGCAGCUCCACUGUUUAUUUUUGGUGACUUCAUACGUCAUUAUGAACCGCAAUUAAGGAGUAGGCUUAAUGGCUGUUCCCAAACUCAAAUCUCAGAGUGGAUAUCCUAGCAUCUAGCAAGACUGAGUGGGGAGAUUUCUCAUCCAUGUGAAAAUGUAGAGUGAGGCCUCUGACUAGCUAAUUGUGUAUUUUGCUGGGUUCAGUGUUUUCUAAAUGUUUACAAAAUAUUGGGCUGCAUGUUCAGGUUGCAGCUAGAGGGAGCUUGGGCAGAUUUUCAAUUAUGCUUUCAAGAUAUAACCAAAGGCUGUUUCUAAAUCCUAAAAUUAGAAUUUCAACAGAGCCCCCUUUACAACAGUCAUAUAACGCUUGUGUGGGCCAACAGAGGGGCUGUGUACUCUCUCUGGAACCAUAAAUGUCAAGUAAUUCAUAACCUGCAGUAAUUGAGCAAACUUAAGACCUGUGUUAGAAUUUAGUUUCUUGAAGAGGUAGAGGGAUAGGUUAGCAAGAUGUAUUGUUAAAUGAGGGGUUUUGGUUUUUGCUUUCUAAUUAGCCAAAGGUUUUCAAAUGAUCACAUUUCAGAAUAGGUUUUUAGCCUGUAAUUAGACCUCAUCCCCUUUGACCUAAAUGUCUUACAUGUUACUUGUUAGCACCUCAACUGUAUUGCUAAUCACCGUCCAUUUUUGUGGGAUAUGCUGCAGCAUUUCCCAAAAAACUUUACCUGUAAUGUUGCAAAAUGAAUGUACUCAGACAUUAAUUUUUACUUAGGGCAGACCAACUCUUUGAGUCUCUCUUGGACUUAUAUAUACAGAUAUCUUAAGAGUGGGAAUGUAAAGCAUAACCUAAUUCUCUUUCCUAUAGAGAUUCUAUUUUAUUUAAAAUCUAUUUUUACACUAGUUAGAAUCCUGCUGUUUUGGCCAAGUAGUUGUCUUGCAUGUCUGACCUUGCAGAAGCUGCGGUGGAUCAUAGCAUACUAAUGAAGAGAAUUAGAAGUAGUUUACAAAGCUCGCUCACUCAUUUCUCUGUGAUCCCCUCUAUCCAGCGGCUCCACCACCACCUGGGAAAACAGAUUUUUCAGCACAGGUGGGAUAAAUGCUCUGAAAGGCUGUGCCCAGAGGAAUGAGCAAAUAGGCAAAUGUUUCCAAACUACUUGAAGGUUUAAAAAAAAAAGUUCAAGAACAAAAAAUCUUACCAAGAUACGUAAAGAAAGUGUGUGUGUGUGUGUGUUAUAAAAACAAGGAGUCAUGUUUGAAUUUCACAAUAUCACAUCAGACAGAAGCUGUUUUCUUCAGGAUGGAAAUGAACCACUUAAUAUAUCCAUACUACCUUGAACAGUGAAAUUGAAUUAAAAUAGCCAAACUUGGAAAUUA